AUGGUAUUUGUUGAUCCUGCAUUUAGUCAUCGAUAUGGAUCAGUUCCACAUAUAGAAAGAUGGCUAUCAAUCUUCAGAUUACAUAGCGAUUUAGAGGAUACCGAGAUGAAAUUCGUAGCGCUUAUAUCUGGAGGAAAGGAUUCCUUUUACAAUAUACAUCACUGUAUUUCACAGGGUCAUGAGCUUAUAGCCCUUGCAAACUUAUACCCGGCAGCACCAGAUAGAGAUGAGAUAGAUUCAUUUAUGUUUCAAACGGUGGGUCAUGACAUCAUCGAUUCUUAUUCUGAAUGUGUUGGGGUACCAUUAUAUAGACAAAAGAUAUCUGGUACGUCUAAGAACCAACAUUUAGAAUACUCCAAGACAAAGGAGGAUGAAAUUGAAGACUUGUACAUCCUUUUGGACCUAAUUAAACAGAAGCAUCCAGAAGUUGUAGGGGUAAGUUGUGGAGCUAUUUUGUCGCAUUAUCAAAGAACAAGAGUUGAGAGUGUAUGUGGGCGUCUAGGACUUACUUCAUUGACGUAUUUGUGGCAACGUAAUCAACUUGAACUUAUGGGAGAAAUGUGUAAUAGUGGACUUGAUGCACGUAUCAUCAAAGUUGCAGCCAUUGGUUUGAAUGAGACCCAUUUGGGGAAAUCGAUUCAACAAUUGUAUCCACAACUUAUCAAGUUAAACCAAAUGUACGAUGUUCAUAUUUGUGGAGAAGGCGGUGAAUUUGAAACAAUUGUCUUGGAUGCAUCAUUUUUCAAAAAGAGAUUAGUUGUAGUACACAAAGAAGUGGUUGCCGAUUCUACUGACGAUGUUUCAUACUUACGGAUCAAGGUUGAACUUGAAGAUAAGGAAGAAGUUUCGAAAGAUAUGUUGGAAAGUCCAAGUUUAUUGGAUGAGAUGUUUGAAGAAAUUAAAGAUGAAUUAGAAAAUAGUGAAACAAAACCAUCCACUACAUGUUCAAAUAUUGUCAAGUCUACUGGAGUUUCCAAUGUCACUCUGGUUGUAUCAACUCCAGAUGUUCUUUACAUUUCAAACUUGACUUCCCCUAAGGAAUUGACAAUUCAAUUGCAAACCUUGUCAAUUUUUGAACAACUCAAAAAAUUACUUGAUGAACAUAAUCUAUCUGUAAACUAUAUUAAACAUGUUACUUUAUUGCUUUCGGAUAUGUCACAAUUUUCUCAGAUUAAUGAUGUUUACGCAAAGUUUUUCGAAGAGUAUUACCUUCCACCCUCAAGAAUAUGUGUGGGCACGGAACUCCCAGAAAAAACACUCGUUCAAUUAUCAUGUGAAGUUAUCUUGGCUAGUGGGGGCGGUCCGCUCUCGAAAGAAGGUAUUCAUAUCAGAUCUAGAUCAUAUUGGGCACCACAUAAUAUCGGGCCAUACUCUCAAAGUAUAGUGGAAAGACACCCAGACUAUCUCCUGGCGAGCUUAUCUGGACAAAUCCCUCUUAUACCUUCAACUAUGGAUUUCUUACCACUGAAUCUGGAAGAAUCUGGGGCUACAAUCAUAGAUUCUGCUCUUUCGUUACAACAUUUACACAGAGUUAUGGAAUUGAUCAAAGUGUGCCAAAUAGGUUCAAUAAUUUGUUUUGUGACUGAUAGUACUAGCGUCCAACUUGCUAGUGCAACUUGGGACAAGUAUAUCAGUUCCGUUGGUGGUAACCAGAACGGUACUCUUGUCAUCGUUCAAGUCAAGCAAUUACCUAGGGGUGCUACUAUCGAAUGGGGCGGGUUUUCUUACGAAAAUAUCGUUGGGAUGUAUGAAGAUGAUGACGAAGAAGAAAAAUAUAUAGAUAGAUCUAAUUUGGAAAGAUCUAAGGUAGACUUGAUUCUUAAAGAAACUUCAAUGACUGCUACUGCUGUCCAAAAUAUUGGCAGAGGGAAACUCUUUGCUACGACUACAUUCUCCAACGAUCACACUGAAAUUGAUAACUUCCUUCGAAAGGCUUCAGGAAAAGUUCAAAUUUUGGCCAAUAUGACACAUAUUGGAAGCUUGAAGGAUUCCAAACAGGUUGAAUUUACACCCGUUGAUAAUGUAUACGAUCACAACGGUACUUCAUUCAAAUUUGGGGUCGUAUGGAAGUACUACUCAUAG